CUGGCAAUGUCAUUACCAAAGCGAAGCAGAAGGGGCUGCAGGUCAUCUUGAGCAUGAAUUGCAGCAACUCUGACUGCAGUUUAGCGUUGAUCAAACUUGGUACGAGGCAUAUGUUGAAACAAGAAAAAACACUCGUAAGCCAAGCUAUCAUUAAACUCUCCACAUCAAGGAUAUUUAACCUGAUCGACACACGAUUUGAAGUGGCCUAUAAGAGCAACGUUUCGCCAAUUGUCUGGCAAACUAUUAAUGAGGUAAUCAAGAUGACACACGCAGCUAAAGAAAACUAUCUCUCGGAAGGCGCCAUCAAGCUCCUCGGUCAAAUUGUGGAACAACAAUCAUCGAAAGCAAUGCUGAAGUUUAUCGACAAGGGAAAAUACCUUUUAUCCAGUUGUGACAAGGAUAGCACCGAAGCAUAUGCCGUGUUGUUGAUCGUGGAGCAAGUGCAAGUAAAUCAAAAUGGUGUUCAAGUUUGCACGAUCGAUAAUUGUCAUGUAACUCAUUUCAUUCAACGUCAAAGUGUUAGAAAUUUUAAUCGUCAUCAAGAGAGCGAUUUGGAAGCCACUUGUUGUCGCUGAUUCGCUUCACUGCUAGAAAUUUUACUGGAUGGCACAGGCACAACCAUGAUUGACGGUGAAAAUGCUUCCAAGGCCACUAAGGUGAACAAUGCAAUCAACAGUGCCUACUUUGGUAUCGACGUCGGCAAAUACGGACGAAAAAUCGAUCUUGUCUUGUGUAUCAUUGAAACAACCGAAAUAUGUACCAGCGAAUUCAAGGAGGAGACCAACGAUGACUGUACGAUCCUACAACAACAGUAAAAAAAACUUGAGAACAAACGCAAGCACGCAGCG